AUGGAGCAGGUAACAGAAUUCAUUUUAGUUGGCUUCCAGUUGUCUAGGUCUUUGGAAAUCUUCCUUUUUGCUGCGCUCUUAGUGGUUUUUCUAUUAACGCUUGCUGGGAAUUUCAUCAUCAUCCUGCUGGUAAGCUUUGAUCAGCACUUCCGCACCCCAAUGUAUUUCUUCCUUUGCAACCUUUCCCUCUUGGAGGUCCUUUUUGUCUUAUCCAUCACCCCCAAAAUGUUGAUGAACCUUAUGUCCAGGAACAAAGUCAUCUCUUUCCGAGCUUGUGCUGCCCAGUGCUAUUUUUAUUUCUUCCUUGGAACCACUGAAUUCAUCCUCAUUGCUGUUAUGUCCUUUGAUCACUAUGUUGCCAUCUGCCAUCCACUUCGUUAUACCAUCAUCAUGAACAGUUGUCUUUGCAUUUGUUUGGUCCUAUUCUGUUGGAUUGGAGGGUUCCUUUCUACCAACGUCUCCUUCUGUUUGAUCUUCCAACUAUCAUUCUGUGACGCAAAUCGCAUAGACCACUUUUUCUGUGACUAUGGUCCAAUGAUAACCCUUUCUUGCAAUGAUGCCCAUUUCCUUUUGAGUCUAGCCUCCAUCCUAUCCUCUGUGGUACUCCUCAGCUCUUUGUCAGUCACUGCUGUCUCUUACCUCUACAUCAUUGUCACCAUCUUGUGUAUGAAUCCUUCCAAAGGUCAGAAGAAGGCGUAUUCCACCUGUGCAUCUCACGUCAUGGUGGCUUCCAUCUUCUAUGGCAGUGCCUUCUUUAUGUAUGCAUUAUCUAACAAGGGACACUCUCGGGAUGUCCAGAAAGCAGUGGCAGUUCUAACUGCAGUGGUCACUCCAUUGCUGAACCCUUUUAUUUAUACUCUGAGGAAUGAGAAGGUCAAGGAGGCCAUAAAGGAUUUUCUAAAGAGAAAAAGAAAUCCGUAA